AUGACGCGUCAUCAUCCGGCAAAAUCAGAUCAUCGAGGUCAGAUCGAUCAAGAUCAAAAAUCGUUCGGCGGUCGAAGAUCCAUCAAAGAUCAUCAGUCAUCAAAGAUCGAAGCAUCCGGCAUCGCGAAGAUCCGAGAAUCGGCGUCGGCAUCGAAAGAUCCAGAAAAAGUUCAGAAGCUCGAGAUCAAAAUCCAGAAAAAUCCGCAUCCGGCGAUCAGAAAUCGGCGCUCAUCGCAUCAAAGAUCGAAAGCAUCGGCAUCGGCAUCUCAAAAUCGCGUCAGAUCAGAUCAUCAGAAAUCCGGAUCAGUUCAGAACUAUCAGUUAUCAGAUAGUCGGAUCAAGCCGUCAAAGGAAGAAUAUCGGAAGGAUCUGUCCAGAAUCCGGCAGGUUCGGGCGCGUCGCGUCAGUUCAAAAUCGAGAGCGUCGCUCAAAGAUCGAGGACAAUCCGAACUCUUUCGUCCGUCGAAAGAAAUCGAUAGAUCAAAGAAAUCUCGAAGAUCGGCGUCGUCGUCGUCGGAUCGAAGCAUCAGAAAUGGUCGAGAUUUACUAAAACUCGAUGAAGAGAUUCAUCACGAGUUAAGGAUCGAGAAAAGUCAAAUCAAAAUCUCAGAAAGAAGUUCUAGAAUCGUUAAGGCACUCAAAGUGGACAAUUUCAUCGGAUCUAAAAGAGGAUCGAGAAUGGACAAUACAGGGAAAUGGUGUCAAAGAGAUCGAAAGGACAGGCAGAAAAGUCAGGUGUGGAUACAAAACAGAUCAAAGCAAACUCGAGAGAACACAAGUGAAAUGUCGAUAAAGAUUUCCGGCAUCAAAGAUCAAAUCAAAGUAUCAAAGUCGUCGGAUCAAAGUCGGGAUCAAAUCUCGUCGACAAAGAAAUCGAAUCGAGAUCAAAGAUCCGACUCAGAUCAUCGAAACUUGUCGGAAAUCGCGUCGAAAUCGCAGUUCGAGAAUCAUCGAUCCAGGCUAGAGAACAGUCGAAAGAUGAGCUGGAAUAUCGGGAUGGAUAUUCAGAAGUCUAGCUAG